AUGCAGCAUCCCCUGAAGUACACUGAUGAUGGAAGCCUAAGGCAGAAGCUAGCUUCUGAUGAUUCCACCUUGGGAAGCACUAGCUUUGGUCUGGAAGAGCCAGGGACUCUGAAGAGUGUCAUGGUGUCCAGCAUUGAUUUUGAAGACAUGACUACACUUGUGUCAGACAUUCACCUUCCCCAACUCUUAAACUCCAUCACUGACUUAAUCCAAUUGGAAGAUCUCACGGCAACACAAUUCACAGACUUUAGAGUCUUCAGGAGUGAUCAGGCCCAGGAAAGCUCCAGCAGAAGCAUCUUCACAUUCAAAGAGGAAAAUAAGAAAGACCAGAAAGCCUCUGAUCUGCUUCAUGGAGUUCCUCAGGCCAGAAUCCAGUGCCAGAUCCUGUUGGAGGGAGAAGAUGCUUUGGGCAUUGCUACAGCCAGUGAAGGGGCUAUUGACAACAUGGUCAAGCACUUGGAUGGCACAGCUCAGAAAUCUGCACACAAAGACAAGCUCAGCAUCCCCAAGACCAAGAAGAAGAGGAAUCCACUUGAGCUCAGCCAGGGCAGCUUUAAAAAGCCUCACACUCACCUCGGCAUGCACAAGCUGGAGGCCGUGCAGGUCUUUCACCGACUGGGAAAGAAGAGUGACAAGAAAAUGGGCAUCAGCUCCUCCCAG